UGAAGGGAUUGGCACACUUGGCUUUAUUUAAGUGCCUAGCUUGUAAAGAGGUUAGCAACACCUUUGCUCUGCAAACAUGGAUACAUCAGACACCUUUGUACUUAUAGCUCAUCGAGGCGAAAGCGCGCAUGCCCCAGAGAACACAUUGGCAGCAUUCGAUGCCGCUUUAAGCGCAGGCUUCCCGCAUUUCGAAACGGACUGCCAGCUCAGCGCUGACGGCGUGGUGGUUAUCCUGCACGACGAGCAACUCGGCCGUACGACAACCGGCGCCUCAGGCGCCGUAGCGGCGGCAACAGCGGCGCAGCUGCGGGGUCUGGAUGCGGGCUCGUGGUUCGACCCGCGGUUCAGCGAUGCACGCAUCCCGCUGCUACACGAGCUGCUGGAUCGCUACCGGGGCCGCGCACAUGUGCACCUGGAGCUCAAAAGCCGUCAGCCUGACUUGCCAGCCCGGGUGGCGGAAGUGCUGUCGGCUGCCGGCGGCUGGCUUCCCGCGGACUUAGCGCUGCUGGGCGGCCCUACCGGUAUGACCAGCGGCAGCAGCGCAGCAGAGCAACUGCACUUCCAGCAGCUACCAGUGACACCCACCACCACGCACCCGCCUCAACCCACGCACCCGCCGCACCCGCCCCACCAGCCACACCCGUCUCGAACCCCGCACCCGCCGCACCCGCACUUUGCGGUUCCCGGCCUCACGGUGACAUCCUUCCAUCUUGAGCAGCUGACUCGCUCGCUGCAGGUGCUGCCAGGAGUGGUUCACGGCUGGCUGGUCCACGAGCUCAGCGAGGAGCGCAUCCAGGAGGCCCAGGCGGCAGGUAUCCAGCAGUUGUGUCCCAGGGCUAACGUGCUGACGGAGGAGGCUGUACGGCAAGCAGUUGCAGCCGGCCUGUCCGUACGAGCCUGGGGUGUACGGGACAUGCAGCUGCUGCGUCGUGUGGCGAGCAGCGGCUGCCAUGGAGCCACGGUCAAUUGGCCGAGGGAGGCGCGGGAGGCCCUCGGAGCAUCAGCACCGCGGGAGGCCCUCGGAGCAGCAGCACCGCGGGAGGCCCUCGGAGCAGCACAGGGGGAGGAGGAGGGUGCCGCGGCGGCAGAGAAGGUUGAGGAAGCGGCAGCGGUGCCACAGGCGGGUGCAGCAGCGGCCGUGUCUCUUGGGGACGUGGAUGCGGCGGGGGACCCCAAGAGGGCUAGAAGCGAACCUGGGAGUAUGUGACGAACAACAUCGUGUCUUCGUGCUACCGGUACUGCAGUGAAUCAGACAUCCAUCUUGCGUGGACGAAUGUGAAUACGGCAAUACGGGAAAUGGUGAAGCCGCCUGGAAUGGCUAUCGUACUGGUGGAGGUGCUCCUGACCCAUGGGUCAGGGACCACACUGCCGUGCACAUCAUUCCGUAUUCUUGUACAAUAAGGCUACGAUCCAUACCGUACGAGACACAGGGGUUUUGCGGAAAGCCUGUGUGCCCUCAUCUGGGACUCGACAAGGCUAUACCGUUCGUACACCAUUACCUCAACGCCCAAACACGCCGCAAUACGAGGGUCAUGUCACCAUCGCCAUCGAGCUAUCCUUCUUGAGUUUCUCCUCCGAAAAUCCUUCGACAAUCAUCCGUACUUGAGGAAUGCCUUCAGAUGUAUAUGUAAGGCAUCAUGUCA